CUUAUGAAGGCGUCAACACUAUUAUGUAGAAAACCGUGUUCCGAAGUGCCCCAUGUCAGGUGCCUGCGACAGGGAGCCUAGUCCCAGACAUUAGUUGCUGUCUCUCUCCACAGCAGCAGCCCGCAACCCCGACACAUGCGGCGCCAUUUUGUUUGACAAAUAAAGCUGGGGCGCUGAAAGCCUUCUGGCAACAAACAAAGAUAUCUCCAAGCCGUCGAAAGUAAUGUCAUUAUUUGAAAUAAGGAAGUGGGCCUGAAGGUAUCUGAAAACCUCAACAGCUUGACGAAGACCACAAUCUAAGGUUUUGUUGACGGUUUUAGAGCUUGAAGUCAGCGUACCACUUAUAAUUUCUCCUCAGUGUAAACUCCUGAUUUACUAAAAAUUCCUGACCAUAAGCAAAUGCUAAAUAUGAACGUAGAAUUGUUCGAAUGCCCCGCACACAGCUCCUUUGAUUGUUGCUAUUUUAAAGAUGCCUAUUAUGAACGCCAACGCCGCAAAGUGGAACAGAACCUUGUUUUGUUAGUACACCACCCACUCGUCAAGGAAUGCAAAAUGUUGUCUUUCCAAUCAGACAGAAGGAGAAAAAGUCUAACGCAUCAAUUUUAUAAAUGAACGAGUUUGAGAGAGAGGUUGGUUUUAUCAAUAGUGAACCAUCGCUUGCCGAGUGCCUGACAUCCUUUCCUCCUGUUGGCGAGACAUUUCAAAGUUCAUCAAUCAAGAACUCGACGCUUUCACAUUCGACACUGAUUCCUCCUCCUUUUGAGCAGAGCUUCAGAAGCUUGGACCAUGGUAACACAAACCAAAAUGAGAAAACGCACACUUCAAAAAGCAUUGGUCGGGCCACGUUAAGGGACAAACCUCUGGAAUAUCCGUGGAUGAGAGAAAAGAAAAGCCACAAGAAAAAAACUGUCCAAGCAACGGGAUCAUUCUCAUCUUGUUCUUCUAAUGAAGAAAACGAAGAGGUUAAUGAGCCGGACAAUGGGAGCCCUUUUGACAGCUCCAGGAGACUACGAACCACUUACACAAACACUCAGUUGUUGGAGCUGGAAAAGGAGUUUCAUUAUAAUCGCUACCUUUGCAGACCACGGAGGGUAGAAAUCGCAGCUCUUCUCGAUCUAACAGAAAGGCAAGUCAAAGUCUGGUUUCAGAACAGACGCAUGAAACACAAGAGACAAACUCGAUUCAAACAAAGCCAAAACGCCGAUUCAAAACGCCAUUUUGCUAACAGUGUUAAUCAGAAUGGGUUUUCCACAAGAGGCUUUGCUGAGACACCUGUAAAUAAAACUUUGAAUUCUUUAGAGAGCGACAAAAAUGCUGAGCAAGAUAUUAGCGAUUCUGCUCAUCAAGAUACAUUAAGUGAUAUCAGCAGUGACCUGCUCACUGUUAUUGGCACUUCUCUGAUCUGCACCGAGGAAACCCAUUGUCAUUAUUUCCCCCAGAGCUCAGAUGAAACUGACUCCCUGCUACCUAUGCUGAAAAACUGCUCGGCUGGAACAAGUCCUAGCAGUCCUGAGAGUUUCAGCAUCCCAUCUCUGGAGGAUUUAGAUAAAAUUACAAUCGAACCAAAUCUAAAUCUGAUAGACGAAUUACCUCAACUAUCUUUGUUGGAAAACGAGGACACACUAGUUAUUCCAUCCAACGUGUUUGACUUUAUAAGUGACAAUUUUAACUCCACCGAUUUUCAGCAAUUGCAGUUUUAGAUCGACAUCCAAUUCACGCGCACAUAAACACUGUUGAUAUUCUUUAACAGUGAUAAUUCCAAGAACUAUAUUACUAAAUGGAAAGUCAUAGCAUUUGUUACAUGCCUACUGAUCCUAGACUUU